GUUGAUAUCGGGCGGCAGGGUAAUCAGCCACUACCUCGAGGACCAGAACACAAUUGCUACGCCAAUCUUGGGCCAGUUUUAUAUUCCAUUGGGAAGACACUCGUUAAUGCCUUACUGUUUGAAGGUUCGCCACAAAACCUUUCUUCCGUGCUUCAAGCUGUCGACCCCAGGGAGAGCAUACCCACAGAAGACAAGUUACUAAUUCUGCGUCUGUCAAAAGACCAAAAUCCAUCUCCAGAGUAUGAGCAGAUUUUAGCGCAAAAUCUUCUUGCAGUCGAAUUGGUCGGCCGGAGUUACAACAAGCACCGAGAAGGCCCUGAAAACAUGCCUGAACCAGCAUUAUUCGAAUUCCCACUGCCUAAUGAUUUCAGUUUCUAUGUCUGGCUUUUUCAGUCCGUUUGUGAAAGUGCCACUCCAUUCGCGGCAUUUACACCGACCCCGUCAAAAAGCAAAUUCUUUGAUGAAUGUGAACCUCUGCGUAUCAGCUCACAGCUUUCUCCAACAUUUCGCCACUUGAUGCGUUGUCCUCAAACUUCAACAACCAGGAAUCCAGAUGAUAUGACAACGGACCUCUUCACAUUUGCCGGUCGAACCUUUUAUAAAUCUCGAAAAAAU